GGCCACACUGACACAGAGUGAAACUGAAAGAGCGUCUGACUGAAGAGGAAGUCCAACUCAAGCCAGAACAAGAACACGACCGCGACCCCGACCCCGAUCCAAUCCACGACGAGACUCGGGGCCCGAGCAGAUUCUGUUCCGGCCGUAGGACCCGUGAUUGACCCGUACUCAUCCCGCGUUCACCGCUACCCGCUACUCACCGCCAGUCAGCCUCCCGCGGAUUGGGGCCGUGCUUUGGACCUCUUGGUUGGAAUUGGAAGAUCUGAUCAGGCUUUCGUCGUCGAGGACGAGCCGGUCCUCCGGAUCAUGGACGAUCCGGCCAUUGUGUCGGUUUCGGCCGAGGCGCCCCACCGACCCGAAACCUCGGGCGAGUCCGAACCGGUGGCGGGUCAUUGCUCCCUGGCCUCGUUUCUGAGUCAAGCCGGGGAAUCUUUGACGGAAUCCGGAGCCCUGUCCACGGCCCCGGCCGGAAUGACAAUGACGGCUGAGCUCGAGGCGACCGAGGCCAAGGAGGCCGCCGCUGAUACGAGCUUGGUGGUUAAUUUGAUUACUUACUCGGCGGAUACGUUGAAAUCUUACCGCCAAACCGGUCCAUCCACGCGUUGGCCGGAUUAUCUAGAGACCGAGUUCAAGAACGAGCGAGGGGUGUGGGACCCCAAUCGAUGGCACAAGGGCUGGCAAAUCGGUCCCACUCCGCCCCUGUCGUUGAGGCCCCAAGGGGGGCGCGGGAUGAGUGAAAACGAGGACGGGCGAUCGGUGUCCAGUUUGUCGGGCGAUUUGAAGUUUCGACGAGAUCCCAAGGAUCGCCUCAGGAUCGGCGAGCUCGAUGGGCUCAAGUUGAGUCCACAGCGACGAAGUUUUUUCUCGGGGUGUCAAGUAGCCCAACCCUCGACGAAGGACAGCCAGGAUGAGGGCAAUUCGAGCGAAAUCUCUCUCCGUCCAGACCCCAGCUCCAAUCGUAGGCUGGGCUCUGGUCGGUUCUCAGGUCGUCAGGAGGCAGUGGAACGGUUGGUUGAUGGUCAUCGUCGUCUCGAUGAUCGUCACGGGGGAUAUUACGAUCCUGAUGAUGCUCCACCCCGACCACGUCGAGUCAUCGUUUUGGACCGAGAUCGUUCGCGUGAACGGCUGAGUGACCGAAACGAUCGAGGUGACCGAAACUACCGAUGGAACAACUACGAGCGCUAUGGUGACAAUGGGCCACCCGGAUCGAAGCAUCAUCAGCCCCGCAGCUUCAAUCAAGCCCCCAUCAAUUUGAGAAAUUUGAAGAACGAGCGGCCCGAACGAAGAGGCGGAUCACGGUUCCCGAGGCGGGAAGAAAGUGAGCCCGAGUGGAUGUCGGCCCAAGUGGAGCAAGGCGAAUUGAUGGAGCUCCGAGGCUUUGACGACUCUCCAGAAAAAGAGCGUCCACCGAGGAGCGAGAACGCUCCCUUGAAGAUGCCCAAUAAGCCACGCAGUAGCCACAGCACCUCUGCUAAUAACAACAAUAACGACGAACUUCCCACCCAGACUCACCCGGCCAAUGGAACUCAAGAGCCUCCAUCUCAAGCAGCGCCACCGAAGCCAGCUGAUACCGACAUAGGCUUCAAUCUGGACGAUAUUCUCCAGUGCGACUUUAUCGGGACGGAUCAGAUCAGUCAGAUUUUGUCAGAGAACCCCGCGAGUGCGCCCUUGAGAGGGGCCUCCAAACAGCCGGAGACCGCCAGGGAUUCCAACUCGAAAGGUAGCCGCUUCUCGCAAUUUUUCAAACGCCCGGAGCAACCAGAACCAGCACCACGAGGAGCCGAUAUCAAGCCUCCACCGCCGCGGGAAGAGCCCUCACAGUCCAAUGUUGCGAGCGAUCUUCAAGACGAUUCACGGCGGUCUUCCAUUCAGGAUGAGUUGGCCAUGAACGGUAGGGGACGGCUUCAUCGCUUCGGUGAACCCAAUUUCCAUCCCCCGGGACCCAAUAUCCGUAUUCCGAGCCCCACCGACGCCCAGAGUGCGUGCUAUUUUGCCCCCAUCUCUCCUGCCGCCAAAACCGUGAAUCGUGAAGAUCGUGCCGCGGAUCUACCCGUUGAAGAGAAGCCUUCCAACAAUCUGCUCAUGGACUUGCUGAAGGGGAAUGGGAAAGGUACAAAAGAAAAUCCUGGUGACGAUCAGACCCGCCAUUCUGACUUAAGUAAAUCUCGGGAUAGUAGUGCCCGGGGUGAGGCCGGAGAAGAUAUGUCUGCGUUCAAGAAAUUCGCGGCCAUGCUUGAUCAAGGAAAACCUGCUCCCUUCCCAAACCAACAGCAUGCUCAAAAUGGGGUUCACCCCGACCCAAUCCAUCGUCUUCACGCACAGAUCAUGAGUAACUCAAUGGAAGGAACUAGCGAUAAUCCACAUAUGAUGCCGCCGUUCCCUCAUGGUCAGUUCCCAGGAAUGAGAGGUCCUCCUCUUAUGGCUCAUGUGCCAAAUGUAAUUCGACCCUCCUCGGUCCCUAACAAUGCCCCGACUGAGCAGGAGAUCCUGGCCGGCCUCUCUUCAGCAGGAAAUGGGGGUGUGGUCGGACCUCGACCUCCGAUCAUGCGCUUCCCCAAUGUUCCCCCGAGGUUACCCCUCACUCCCGACCUUCUGCAUCUCAUUCACUCCCACCCAAGCAAUCCAACGUUACUCGAAACCCGCGAGGCCAAGUCCUUGCAGUUUGCCUUGGCUCAUGGGCACGCUAAGCCCAUGCAGCUCGUCUCGGAAUUCGCUCACCGCGAGUUCGACCCCCAUCAGAGAGAAGUGUUGGUCGCUGUGCUCAAAUUACUUCAAAGUCAGGGCCGAUUACCCGUCAGCAUGCAUCAGCUCCAUCAACAACAACAACAGCAGGGACACCCAUUGCCCGCCGGCGGCAAUCCGCAUGUUAUGACUCGUCCUCAACCCACCUCCCCGCGAAGUUCGCCCCACUUCCCCGACAAUGUUAAUCUGGCUCUGCUCCAACAGCAACAACCCCCACAUGGCCAACAACGGCUGAGCCCAGCCAUGAUGAUGCAGCUGGCCGCUGCUCAGCAAGCCGGUCGCAAGCCCGCCAGUCUCAGUGUCAGUCCACAGCCCGCCGGUCAGCAACGAAUCCCUUCGCCUCAGGAGAUCUCGCUCCACACCCAGAACAUUAUGCAGCACGCCCUCAUCAAACGUAAACUGGAGGAACAACGAGAGAAGUACCGCCAAAGACAAGAAGGCGAUCCCCCACAAUCAGUCCAUGCCGGUCAGCACAUGCACCAGGCUGCAGCUCGCAUUGUGGCGUCUGAAGGGAUGCGCCACCGCUCCAACAGUGAUGCCAAACAGAACAGCUCCCCGUUGACCUUCACCCCUACCGUGGUUAUGAAGAAGUUUGUGUCAGACCGGCGGGAUUCGGAUCCACGCCCACAAAUCCCCGAAUUGAAGAUCAGCCAAAGCGGUGAGAUUUCCGAGAAUAAGAAUAAACACGAAGCUCAACCAGGCCUAAUGACCAUGCCGGGUCAAUCUCGACCUCCGCCUCAGCCCCAUCUUACUCUGAAUAAUUUCAUGAGCGCGCUUCAAAGCGGGGCCGUGAAUCGGGAAUCUCGCUCAAGUCACCACGGCGCCCGCAGUGGUGUAACGGGGCCUCCAGGAGCGGAUCUCUCUCGGUUCUUCAGCCAUGACGUUCUAUCCCGUGCAGGACCACCCAUGCCUCCGGUUCCCAUCCAGGAGGCCAUGACCUUGGAGGAGAUUGAACGCCAGGCUUCGUCCAUGAGGACCUGAUACUACGCCUAUAUGAACCAAUCUGAAGAAGACUGAGUAGUUGAGGAAGAACGAGGGAAGUAUUGUUUGAUUGUGUGACAGUCAAACUUGUGAUAGGUCUAUUUAUUGAACAAAAAAAAAAAGAAAGAAAAGCAGGAGCUGCGGAAAGCUGGCGAAGACUGAGGUGGCUCGAGGACUUGGUGUUUUCUGAUGCCAGAAAUUGGUUCGGCCAUUGUGAUAGUGCUACAUGACCUUCAAUCGACAUUCAUGAACACGUCCUCUUAUCCUAUAUGCUGCAUUGUCGUUGUGAAUCCUGAGACCCAUGUCAAGCUCAAACGAUUCUAGGUGGACUUUGAAAGGGAUGUUGCUGCCUCCAGCACUCUUAAUUGUACCAUGGACACCCCAAGUAUUCUAUAAGUACAACCAAACAUCGGAAGUCAAUUCGCCAGAUUUCUAUUUCUCUAUCUAUCUAUGCAAAGUAAUGUCGCCACCAAGAAGAACUAAGUAUUUUCCUGCCUUUACUCCAAACAAGCUGGUCGUUGUCUUGUGCGUCCGUUUCAUGUUCCAGGUUCGAUUUUCGUCCAUUGGAAAUAAAACUAGCUUUUUUAGUCACCGA